AUGCACAUCAGGAAUCUCAACGACAAAUUUGCAGAAUCGAUCGCCCGUGAUGGUCAUACCAAGAUUUUUCAGAAUCUUAACGGUGGGCGAGACGAGGAGUACGAACGCACCGGCUGCGCGGAAGACGACAUAUAUGACUGGAUUCGGAAACUAUAUCGCGAUUCACGGGGUGCCGAGCUGCCGGGUAUGGUAAAUCCCAGUGUUCUUGGAUGUAUGUUCCAGCAGCAAACCGUGGCAUGGGAGCCGAUUGCUACCAAAUAUAUCGACAAGGUAGCUAGAGCCGUUGAUGUUUUCAACCAGACAAUCUUCGACAAACUGAUCGGCGACGAAGAGGUCAAAGAUCACCUCAGAGCACGUCUCCGCCAGCAAAAUCAGGAAGCUGUCAACCGUUCAGCUUAUGAAUUGGCCAGUCUACUACAGGAUGAGAGGGGCGGUAUCUUGCAGACAGUCAAUAACUAUUUCGCUGAGACGCUGUCCAACAUUCGUGAGGAGCGCACUUUCCAACGCCUCAAAGCGAAGGGCUUUCGCGACGGCAGUUAUUUGUCUGCAACUCGUGGCAACGAGGACCAAGCUGUUGAGAAUAUCCACGACACUCUCAAGGCAUACUACAAGGUUGCUCGGAAGAGAUUUACAGACAACGUCAUUCUUCAGGAAGCCGAACGUCGCCUUCUUGGGGUCAAUGGACCCGUGAGGACGCUGUCACCUGAAUUCAUUAGGAACCUCGAGGAUAGUGAGCUCGAGCAUAUAGCCGGUGAAAGCUAUGUGACGUCGACCAAGCGAAACGACUUGGCUUCCAAAGUGGAUCGGUUCCAAAAAGCCUUGCAAAUUGCAAAGUCGGCCAAUAUCGAGGUUUGCAGCCCAAGGAUUAGGCAUGACAGCAGCUUCAAUAUCUGA